CUUUUGUUUGCAGGAUGGUGGACUUUUUUGACCUAAGAUGCUGAUUUCAUAGUUGAUAUGAAGUGUGACGGUUGUGUAUCAGCUGUUCAGAAUAAGUUGCAGGCACUUGAUGGGCACCUUCGUAAGUGUUUCGAUCAAUUACGAAUGAAAAGUUGUGCUUUUAUCAGUCUAUGUAAUUUGUUAAAGGAGAGGACAAACAUUACAGAUACAAGAUAUUUGGCAGUUGAUGAACAAGUAACCAUAUUUUUAAGUACCGUCACACAUGAUCAACGGAAUAGGGUGGUCCAGGAACGGUUCCAACAUUCAAAGCAGAUCAUAAGUUACUACUUCUAUAGAGUUUUACAAGCCAUCUUACAAUUGGAACCGUUGUUCCUGCAACUAGCAAGCAACAAAACACCGGCCCACAUUACUAGUGAUACACUACGAUUUUACCCAUAUUUCAAGGUUGGGAAGGAUGUGCAUCAAAUUCUAAAGUCCUAUAUGACGCAAUUAGUAAUGAAGGCAGUAUGCUUGCAGCACCUGAGGGAAAAUAGUACCUUGUAGAUGGUAGGUAUCCUACUAUACGUGGAUUCAUAGGACCAUAUCGAAGUGUCCGUUACCAUCUAAACGAAUUUACUUCAGGCCCAAGAGCUCCUCAGAAUCACAAUGAGUUAUUCAACAAACAAUAUUCUAUGUUUAGAAAUGUGGUGGAGAGGACAUUUGGACUUUCGAAAGCUAGAUUUCCUGUACUCAGGAAUCAAAUGCAGUAUCCUUUACGAACACAGGUUGAUGUAGUUAUUGCAUGUGCAAUAUUGUACAACUACAUCAUGAUGCCUCGGGGAGCCGAUAGCAGAAGACAACCACGUUUUCGAAGGAGAGUUGAGAGUCAACUCUUAAUUGACGGAGAAGAUGGUUUUUCGCAAUUGAUUCAGCGCCACGUUGAUCAUGACGUUGGCGUCAAUCUGCGAGAUGUCAUAGCGACGCAGUUGUGGGAGGCCUAGUUAAGUCGCUAGCACUUGUAAUUAAACAUUGUUCUGCAUUUAACUUUUUAUGUUGUGUUCA